AUGAGUCGCCGGGUAGGGUUGAACAAUGAGCUCUAUUCCUUCAGAUCUACCAUGAAGAGAAAUUUAUGGGAGGAACUGGAAAAGUCAGCAAGUUUUCCUGAAAAUUUGCAUUUUGCAAUGCUUUGUUCCCGCAUCGGUUUACUUCUGGUUCUGGAUGACCAUUAAAAUAAAAAUGCUUAAAAAAUUACAAAAAUUAUCUGAUAAGGUGGACAUGGUCUUCGCUUCCUUCCGAAGAUACUUUAGCAUGAAGCAGCAACGCUCCAAGGUCCAGCUUUUGUACGACCACUGCAACAAGAUCUUCACUGCUUCGGGAACUCCCCUUCGUUCUUCUCUAGCCUUACAGAAGCUCUCUUCAAUUCUUGCAAUUUGUGACUUUGCAGACACUGUUCAACCAGCUGAUGUUGGGCUUAAAGAGGAAACCACAGAUGAUGAUCGAGGCCAUGGAUUCUUUGGAAUUAGCCAACUGAAUAGGGUAGCUCGAUGGGCUCAACCAAUAACAUAUGUGGAUAUUCAUGAAUGUGACAGUUUUAUGAUGUGUAUAUUCUGCUUUCCUACUUCUUCAGUUAUUCCACUCCACGACCAUCCUGGGAUGACUGUAUUUAGCAAACUUCUCUAUGGUUCUUUGCAUGUGAAAGCUUAUGACUGGAUCGAGCCUGCCUGCAUUGCUGAAAACAAGGAACCUGGAUGUGCUCCAGUAAGACUGGCAAAGUUGGCAGUUGAUAAAGUUUUGACUGCACCGUGUGAGACAUCAGUUCUAUAUCCAAAGAAAGGGGGUAAUCUGCACUGUUUCACUGCAGUGACCCCCUGUGCUGUGCUAGACAUUCUCUCACCUCCUUACAGAGAAGAUGCAGGAAGGAAGUGCACUUACUAUCAUGAUUAUCCUUAUUCAGCAUUUGCAACAGGAAAUGGACCUAAAUUAUGCGAUGGCAAAGAGGAGGAAUAUGCUUGGCUUGCUGAGAUUGAAACGCCUAGUGAUCUUUAUAUGCGGCAGGGGGUAUAUUCUGGUCCGGCUAUUCAGACCUAGCUCUGUUUGCAGACUGGGAAAUUGACUGUUUGUUUCCUGUGGGAUGGAUCAUUAUGAAUGCUGGAAAACAUUUGCCAGCAUUUUGCUCCUGGAGGCGUAACUAGGGGAUUUACAGUGAUCAUGCGGGGCAUUUUCUAGUGGACUACUUUUCGUGUAUACAUAGUUGGAGCAAAGUCUUGAUUCAGGAUCUGUAAUGCCCCUAUUUAUCCUUUCUUUUCUGGAUGAAUCAUCUUUUUAUCCUGAGAGUCAUGACUCCUGUAAAUAUUUAGAGUCAGAGGUUAUGGCUAUAGAGAUAACUGGAUUUUAUCUUCACUCGUCCUAUGCUACUGGGUUCUCAAAACGUUGUUUGUUUACCCCUU